CCCACCCUCUAUAUAUACACCACGCACACCUCCCUCAUUUUUAUUUUUCAAUUCAUUAUCACAACCAAAUUAUUUCUCCAAUCAUUCAAUCUUCAUCUUCAUCAUCAUGCCUCUCUUCACCAAGCUUUCCAAGAUCAAACAACCCCUUUCUUUCACAAAUAAUUCUUCAUCAAGAAGGAAUAAUAAUAUGAAUGUGAAAGAGGAAAGAGAGAGUAGCUUGAGGAACAAGGCACCAAGCGUGAACCACGAAUACUUGGAAGCCUUUAGGACCAAAUCUUACGUUGAAAUCUACGACAAAGUCCAAACACAGCUUGCCACCGCCGCCACCACCGCCGGAGCCACCAGGAAUAACAACAAUAAUAAAGAAGCAAUCAGGAACAACUCCCUACAACACCCUCAUUACCAGGAAUGUGAUCUCCUCCAGCUUUGCCAGGAAGCCCUAGCCGACGAGCUGCCACAUCAGCAACCCUCCCCCCACCCCCUCCUCGACGAGUACUUCCACGUCAGCCUCGAGGCGUGCCGCACGUGCGAGUCCCUCCUCAAGAACGUCCUCCGCACCCGGACCGACUACAACCGGAACAUCGCGACCGCGACCGCGGGGCCCACAGUCGACCCGGGCCCACAGUCGAGAAACCCCCUCUCGGGGGUCUCCCAGGUGCGGUUCAACGAGGCGCAGGACUGCCACUUCAGCUUGCUGCGCCGCCUGAUAUCCGCGCGCAGGAAGCUGAAGCGUAGGAUCAGGCUCCUGGGGUUCCUGAAGAAAACUCUAGGGGUGGCCCUGGUCGUGGGGUACGCGGCCUUCGCCCUGGCCUCCGCGGCCGUCAUCGCCGCCCACUGCGCGGUGGUGGGGCUCGCGCUGGCGGCGUCGGUUUCGUUAUUCGGAGGGAUUUCGAAGAAGGCGGCGGGCUCGAAGAACAAGAACAAGAGGACGAGGGCGUACGCGCGGCUCGACGCGGCGGCGAAGGGCGUUUACGUCCUCGUGAACGACUUCGACACGAUGAGCCGGCUGGUGGGGCGGUUGUACGACGAGACGGAGCACAACCGCGCCAUAGCCGAGCUGUGCGCGAGGAAGCAGAACGACGAGAUGUUGAAGGAGGUGGUGAGGGAUUUUGCGGCGCAUGAAGGGUGGUUCUUGGAGCAGCUGAAGGAGCUUGAACAGCACAUUUACUUGUGUUUCCUCAACAUCAUUAGGUCCAGAAGGAUGGUUGCCCAAGAGAUUAUUAAUUAGUUUUUUUUUAAAUUAAUUAUGGGGUGUGGAAGUUUUUAAUUACUUCUUUUAAUCCAUUAAAGACUUCGGUAAUUU